AUGUUCCCAGACUACGACGAUGCCAUCCUACAAUCCGUGCUCGAAUCCGUCAACUGGAGCGAGGACCGCGCGAUCGAUGCUCUUCUCCUCAUGAGCGAUCCCGAAUACCGCAGCGACGCACCUCCCCAGCAAGAGGUCCAUGUUGCUCCCAUGACCCAAACCGACCUCGACGAGCAGUUCGCCCGACAACUCGUCCUCGAAGAGCAGCACCAACAACAAGCAGCAUGGAUUGCCGCCAACCCCAACGCACCCGCCCCGUACCGGUCUCACUCGCGCCCACAGGGCUGGCAGCCGCCCCAGGGACAACCGCAGGCGCAGUCGGCCGGAGGAACGGGCACGGGCGAGUUCCAGGAGCAGUUCAACAAGAUCGCAGAGACUGGAAAGAAAACGUUCGGCAACAUCUUCUCAAAAGUGAAAGCCAAGAUCCAGGAGCUCGAACGCGGAGGAUCAUCGCCCACCCCAGGUGGUCAGCAAGCAUGGGCUGCUGGAGGCACCGCCCCCGCGCAGCCGCAGGCGUACCAGCAGCCCGCGUACCAUCUCCGCGCAGGCGCCGUCGCCCCCAGCCCCCGUUGCGCGCGCCCCGGUCGGCGUGCAGGGUUACGAUCUCGGCGGCACACCGACGCCCCCGCUAUCUACAUCCCCGCCCUUGUCUACCUCCCCACCUCUCUCCACCACCACCGGCACGACGACGACACAACUCCAGCCCCAGCCCGCACCAGUACCCUCCGCCACCGCGCUCGACGCCGGCAAGCUCGGCCUCCUCCCAAGAAGACCGUGUCGCUCCUCCGGCCUGAUGGGGGUGCUGAUGCCUCCUCUACCACUGGUACUGCAGCAGGGGAUGUAAGCACGAUCGGUGGUGGUAGUACCGCAGGAACGGCACCAACGACGACCCCGUCGGCCGUCGCGGCGGGCAAGAAGCCUGUGCGCCAGGACACGGACGACGGGCUUGAGUAUGCGGAGAGCCCGUUUGAGGAGAGUGGGUCGAGGAAGUAG